AGCCAUUGACCUUCACCUCCAAGGCUGAUCCACGCUAGCGUUUUUGUAUUUCAUCAGCCUGCCGCGCUCUUGUUUCCCACUCCGUUCGCGUUACACCAACCGUGAACAGCCUCUCGACUACUCUACGGUACAUGGAAUUCGUCGCGCAAUACUUCUGCCUUUUACUUAAGGGCCUUUGCUGAACUUGUCAUCAACAACACGAGCUUCCCUACAAUGGCCUCCAGUGGCAUCGACUACGUCCCAGGUGGGACCGGCGACAAGAAGAUGCACGUCGAUGAGGAAAAGACUUACGCAGCUCGACGCAGCGACUCGGUUGGCUCCGUCCGAGUAGUACACGAUAAUACCCAUCGAAAGCUCAAGAGUCGCCAUAUCCAGCUUAUUGGUAUCGGCGGCACCAUUGGAACUGCUCUCUAUGUCCAGAUUGGUCGGGGUUUGAUGAACGGCGGCCCCGCGUCGCUGUUCAUCGCCUUCUCGUUGUGGUGCACUGUGAUCCUCGCGGUCACCGUCAGUAUUGCCGAAAUGGUCACCUACCUCCCCAUCUCGUCGCCCUUCAUUCGAUUUGCUGGCCGCUUCGUUGAUGAUGCUUUCGGCGUUGCUGCUGGCUGGAAUUUUUUCGUUUUUGAAGCAGCACUUGUGCCAUUCGAGAUUGUGGCGUGCAACGUCAUUAUAAAUUUUUGGAGUGAUGCCGUGCCUGUUGGCGCCAUUAUUGCGAUCGUAAUCGUUCUCUACGGUUUGAUCAACAUGAUGGCCGUGAAAUGGUAUGGCGAGACCGAGUUCUGGGCUGCUGUCGGCAAAGUUCUGCUCAUUAUUGGUCUGCUAAUUUUCACGUUCAUUUCCAUGCUUGGUGGAAAUCCACAGAAAGAUCGUUAUGGCUUCAGGUACUGGAAAAAUCCUGGGUCUUUCGCCCCACUGUACUACGGCGGUGACCUGGGCCGCUUCCUUGGCUUCCUGCAGUGCUUGAUUCAGGCCUCGUUCACAAUUGCCGGUCCCGACUACGUGUCAAUGGCUGCCGGAGAGACAGAGAACCCCCGCAAAGUUAUGCCUCGCGCCUACAACGCCGUCUUCUACCGCCUUACGACCUUCUUCGUCCUCGGUUCAUUGGCGGUCGGAAUCAACGUCCCGUACAAUGACCCCGAGUUGAAGGCUGCAUUCGCUGAUGGCAAGCCCGGUGCUGCUGCUUCACCGUACGUUGUUGCCAUGAACAGACUCCAGAUCGAGGUCCUCCCUCACAUCGUCAACGCGGGUGUGCUCGCCUCCGCCUUCUCCGCUGGCAACUCCUACGUUUACUGCGCGUCGCGUUCUCUCUUUGGCCUCGCACUCGAAGGCAAGGCUCCCAAGGUUCUGACUAAGUGCACCAAGCAAGGUGUCCCUUAUCUCUGCGUCACCAUCGUUCUCGCAAUUUCCCUCCUCUCGUUCCUGCAGUUGGGCGAGAACUCCGCGGUCGUGCUGAGCUGGUUCGUCAGCUUGGUGACAGCCUCCCAGCUCAUCAACUUUUCCGUCAUGUGCUACACGUUCCUGUGCUUCUACAAGGCGUGCAAGGUCCAAGGCCUGGAUCGCCGGUCUCUGCCUUACACGGGUAUCUUGCAGCCAUACGCCGCCUACUACGCCCUGAUAACGACGUUCAUCAUGACCUUUGUCGGUGGCUACACGGUCUUCCUGCCAGGAUUCUGGGACGUACCAAACUUCCUCUUCUCCUACAUGAUGGUAUUCCUGUUCCCCAUCAUCUUCAUCGGCUGGAAGUUCGUGAAGAAGACAAAGCGGGUCAAGCCGCACGAGGCUGACCUGGUCACCGACUUGGCUGAAAUCGAGGAGUACACCCGCAACUUCGUCCCUGUGCCAGAGACCAACUGGUUCAACAAAGCGCUGGACAAAAUGUUCGGCUAGCGUGUCGUGGAUGAGGAGUGCGGGGCAGAAUUGGAAAAUGCCAUUGUUCCUCGGUCCGUGCCGGGUUUUAGAUAGUGUCUCAAGCCUUAAAUACCAAGACGCGUAUGCUGUCUUAGAGAUACACAUAUACAAAGGAUGAAAUACACGUAUAUGAAAG